UCCUCACUCAUUACAUGCGAUUAUCAAUUAAUUGCGCGACAUCCACCUCCCUUGACGAUUACAUCAAUCUAUCCUCUGAUCACAACUUCAGACGAUAUUCACAAAAAACUCACAGCCGUAUGCAAACGGUUAUGGUGGCGCUUAGAAAAUUGUAGGAUCAGGACAGCUCUUCGAAAGCUCCGCACAAGUACCUACGUCAAUCAUUCCCCAUACUGGCACGCUCUCACCGACACCUCAGAGGAGAACGACGAGAGAGGAACACAACUAAAACAUGGCUUCAUAUUUGACUGUCGGCGGGCCAAGCGGCAGUAGCUCAGAAUCGAACCGUGGUCCACGAAGGAAAUCAAGUCGAACAAUUAAAGAACAGAACUUGCCUCAUGGUCAAGCAUCGUGGAUCAGUAGCAAUGUCAAUCUCCUCAAUACCAUCGUUGGCGCUGGUACGCUUGCUAUGCCCCUCGCAAUGUCACAUAUGGGAAUCCUACUCGGAACAUUCGUUAUAAUAUGGUCGGGCAUGAUGGCGGCUUUCGGGUUAUAUUUGCAAUCUCGAUGUGCUAGAUAUCUUGAUAGAGGAACGGCUUCUUUCUUCGCUUUAUCCCAAAUUACCUACCCAAAUGCAGCAGUCAUUUUCGAUGCGGCGAUUGCCAUCAAAUGCUUUGGUGUGGGCGUUAGUUAUUUGAUCAUUAUUGGUGAUCUGAUGCCAGGAGUCGCGACUGGUUUUAGUCAGGGAGCAGAAUCGAUGCCCAUUCUUAUGGAUCGAAAGUUUUGGAUAACAGUUUUCAUGUUUGUUGUUAUUCCCCUCUCAUAUUUAAGACGUUUAGAUUCCUUGAAGUAUACUAGUAUCGUUGCUCUGGUUUCUAUUGGAUAUCUUGUCAUUCUCGUGGUAUAUCACUUUGUUAAAGGAGAUACCAUGGCAGAACGGGGUCCAAUUAGAGGGGUCGAGUGGGCAGGAAUAGUCCCAACUUUACAAAGUUUCCCCGUUAUUGUCUUUGCUUAUACUUGUCACCAAAAUAUGUUCUCUAUUCUGAAUGAGAUCAAAGAUAACUCGCCCAAGCGAACCACAGGUGUUGUUGCAGCAAGUAUUGGAAGUGCUGCUUCUAUAUACGUUUUAGUCGCUAUCACUGGAUACCUAUCUUUUGGUAACGCUGUGAAGGGAAACAUUGUUGGAAUGUAUAUACCAUCUACCGCUUCAACAAUCGCUAAAGCAGCUAUUGUCAUUCUUGUCAUGUUCUCCUAUCCACUUCAAGUACAUCCUUGUAGAGCAUCAGUCGAUGCAGUCUUGAAGUGGCGUCCAAACUCCUGGAAGAGAAGUCAUUCACCUACUGGUUCGCCUGCACGCUCUGCUCCUUUACUUUCAGGUGGUCGUGUACGACCUGCCGCAAGGAAUGAUACUAUUGGUGAAACACGAUUUGCAAUUAUUACCACGAUUAUCAUCGCUCUGAGCUAUUUUACCGCAGUUACUGUAUCGUCACUCGAUAAAGUCCUCGCAUAUGUUGGAAGUACAGGAAGUACAAGUAUUAGUUUCAUUUUACCAGGAUUAUUUUACUACAAGAUUUCUUCACCAGAUUCGAUCCACCACCAACGAUUAGCAAAAGAAGAUGACGAAACAGAUUCCGAUGAAGAUGAGGAGGAAGGUCAAGGUUUACUUGGUCAAUCCAUCAAGAAGAUUACUUGGCGUAAAACCAUCUUACGAAAGCUUUCUUUGGCAUUGGCUAUUUAUGGUCUUUGUGUAUUGGUCAUUUGCUUAACGACCAAUCUAUUCUUCACAGCCCAGGGGCAUUGAAGUUGAUUGAUAGGGGAGAUUAACCUCUGAAGUUUGUAUCGCAUUUUGAAAUCAUAAAUUGGCAAGGCGCCGGGAGUUUGUCAUGGCAUUUUGGAAACAGUAUGGAUCAAAAAAGUCAAACAUGGUGAUGUUUAGUCAUUCAUUAAUGCCAUAAUUUUUUUGGGACCUAUUUGGAUGUAUAUAGGAUUCGGACAUGAGGAUUAUAUAUAACGGCCUUUCGUCAUAAUACAAGAUAUUAUUUUUUGA